AGGAGUUGAAGGUGAAGUUGCGGGAGUUCUUGAUGGUUAGAGUGAGGCUAAGAAGAGCAGUGAACCGCCGAUGCUUCAACAAGUUCUAGGCUGGAGUUUGGACCGUUGGAGCAAGAAAUCUCAACGUCAUCUCCUCAUCAGAUCGGGUCAUUGCCUCAACGGACAUUGGUGAUCGCCUGAUCGGCAAGCUGGAUUUGGCUUUUUAUCAACUCAAUUAAGGUUGAUCAGUUUGGUGAAGGGUGAUGAAGUUGAUGCUUUCCUGAGUCUUAUUGGAAAGAUAUACAUAGCAGAUAUCACUUGAUCAUUAUUCUACAAUAUUGCAACAUUAUUUUGGGAUAUGGAGAGGUUUUUUAAACCUAAACAGAAAAGUUGUGAAUCGGGAACAAAUGUUUCUUCUGAAGCAAGUACUGGAGCACAAAAGAGAACUCGUGUUGAGUUCAGUCCAGAUGAUAUCAUUGCUGAUCCUGGAAUUCGUCAACCAAUUGAAGAAUAUGAUGUUGAUAUUAGAGAUCAAGUUCGAAGAUCGUAUUUAUUGAAAGGCCCAUGUCAACCAAUUGGAUAUGAGUUCCCCAAAAAACAACAAGGAAAAGAAAUGCGACGCUUUCAAGAAGCGUGGUUUCAAAAGUAUAAUUGGUUGGAAUAUAGUGUGGCAAAAGAUGAAGCCUAUUGUUUUUAUUGUUAUCUUUUCAAGCAGGAUAGAAGCGAAAAGGGAGCAAGUGAUAUUUUUACAAGAAAAGGGUUUUCUAAUUGGAGGAAAGCACUUGAGGCUUUUAAUCAACAUGUAGGCACAGUAAAUAGUGCCCAUAAUGAUGCUAGACAACAUCGUGAAGAUUUUAAAAAUCAGAGGCAAAGUGUGUCACACGUGUUAUCUUCUCAUGGGCGUCAAAUGGAGAUCGAUUAUCGCUCUCGUCUAACAGCUAUUCUAGAUGUCGUACGAAUUCUUUUGGUACAAGGUCUUGUAUUCCGUGGUCAUGGUGAGUCUUCAAGUUCUAAAAAUAAGGAGAAUUUUCUGGAGAUACUCAAUUGGUAUGCAAAAAGGGUUGAGAAGGUUGGGAAUGUUAUUAAUGAAAAUGCUCCUGGGAAUAAUCAAUUAACUUCUCCAUUAAUUCAAAAACAGUUGGUGAAUGCAUGUACUGCAGAGACAACAUUAGCAAUUAUUAAUGAAAUUGGUGACAGUAAUUUCUCACUAAUUGUUGAUAAGUCUCGAGAUAAAUCAAUAAAGGAGCAAAUGGUAGUCAUUUUGAGGUUUGUGAACAAGCAAGGUCAGGUUGUUGAAAGAUUUCUUGUGAUUCAGCAUGUAGCCGACACUUCAGCAUUUUCUCUAAAAGUAACUUUAGAUGAAUUAUUAGCUCGUCAUGGUUUAUCAAUUUCAAAAUUAAGAGGACAAGGGUAUGAUGAACCCUCAAAUAUGAGAGGAGAAUUUAAUGGUCUGAAGACAUUGAUUUUAAAAGAAAGAUCUUUCUCGGCAACAGCAUCAGUUGAAAGAUCUUUCUCGGCCAUGAAUAUCAUCAAAACCGAUUUGCACAAUAAGAUAGGAGAUGAAUGGUUGAAUGAUAUGAUGAUAUGCUAUAUCAAACGCCAAGUGUUUGAAACAAUUGAUGAUGAAGCUAUUUUGGUUCGAUUUCAGAAUAUGCAAAGCCGAAGGAUUCAACUUCCACUUCAUUAGUGGUUAAACCCAGCACCCCCUUGGUUUUGUUUCUGGUUCCGCCACUGUAUAUGCUUAGUCAUGUAAGUAUGUCUCUGGUUAUUUUUAUGUAUUUAUUAGAUUCAUGCUUUGGAUAUUUCAGCCACAUUCAUAAAAUCUUGAAAUGAAUGUGCUAUAACCCCUUAGCUACAUCUAUUAGUAUAUACUUAUGCUUUUGAAUUGUGACUUAGGGUAUAUCUAAGUAUAUUUUGUCUUUGAAACCUUUUCUUCAAUAUGACCCUAAGAUAUGUUUUUAUGUACGCGUUUUGUAUAUGUAUAUUUCGAAGCAUCUACAGUCUUA